AUGAGUGAAAGUUUCAAAAUUUGUUGCUUGAUUAUUGAUUUGGUGAGAGAAGAGGUCUCUGUUGCUCCUGUGAUCUAUGUUUCUAUAGGUGUUAGUGCAUCAUGUGCUGUUUGUGCCACAUGGUUUUUCGUGUCGUAUAUAUCAAGGAAAUGUGGGAACCCUAAUUGCAAGGGGUUGAAGAAUGCUGCUGAAUUUGAUAUUCAGUUGGAAACUGAAGAUUGUGUGAAGAAUUCGUCUUCGUUGGGGAAAGAUGGUGGCGGAGUUAAGAAGGGUCUUUUUAAGAUUCCUUGUGAUCAUCAUCGCGAACUUGAAGUCGAGCUUAAGAAGAUGGCGCCGAUUAAUGGAAGGGCUGUUCUUGUUCUUAGAGGAAAGUGUGGUUGUUCUGUUGGUAGGUUAGAAGUUCCGGGUCCGAAGAAGAAUAGAAAGAUCAAGAAAUAG